AUGGUCGUUGUUGCUGUAGCCGGAGGGACUGGUGGCGUGGGCCGCACCAUCGUUGAAACGCUGCUGCAAAGCCCUACCCACAAGACCAUUGUUUUAACUCGCAAAAUCCCGGAUGAGCCGUUGUUCUCUGCUACUACAAUUGCGGUGGACUACAGUGAUGUCGACUCAGUGGCCAAGAUUCUUGCCGACAACGAGGUCGACGCCGUCAUCUCCGCCCUCAGGGUCCUUGAUGAGCCCACCUCUGACUCCGAGGUGAACCUCGUCAGGGCGACGGUCAAGGCCGGCACCCCCAGGCGCUUCAUGGCCAGCGUAUGGGGCAUCCAAUAUUCCCCGGAAUCGACGGUGGGCAAAGCCCGAGAGCGCACUCUGAUCGAGCUGCGCCAGACCCAGCUGGAAUGGACGCGCUUCAACAACGGCUACUUUCUCGACUACUACGCACCGCCGUCGUUAAAGUCCCACAUGCUGCGCGUCGCCUUUGGCAUCGACAUUGCGAAUAAAAAGGCCGCCAUCCCCGGAGACGGGAAUGCCUUGAUGACGUUUACGUACACGUUUGACGUGGCUAGGUUUGUGGUCGCGUCUCUGGACCUGCCCAAGUGGGACGAGCUGCUGUACUGCUACGGGGAGAAACUCACCUGGAACGAGUUCCUGAGGCAGGCCGAAGAGGUUACGGGUUUUAAAUUUCAAGUCGCAUACGACUCCCCCGACAAGCUGCAAAAAGGAGACGUCACCGAGCUCCCUACAAACGAGGACCCAGGCCCCGACUUCACCAAGGGGCAGUUGAAGAUUCUGUUGGGCAUCUGGGGCGGCUUUGCGCUGGAGGGAAUGUACGACAUGCCGACGGAAAUUACGUUGAAUAAGCGUUUCCCCGACAUAAAUGUUAUGAAGGUGAAGGAUGUGUUGGAAAUGUGGCGGGCGCAGUAAAAUCCGCGUGAUUUAAGCCUGUCUCCCCAUCUUGACCAACUAUCCUGUUUUAGCCUACCCCGGCCGUCUCACUCGGCCUUGACCAUGUGUGUGUGGUUGUUGACAAGCAAAUGCAUCAAGGACUUUAAAACCGCUCGUCAACUCAUAUAAAGGGGGUAUUUUGCCUAGGUAUCCAGGUAUAUCUUGUUAGACUCGAGCAAAUUUUGAUAAACACAGACAGAGAUAAUGCAAGUACGUAUGGAACCG